AUGGCUACACUCUCGAAACAUCCCAUUUCCAGUCUUGGCCCUGUCCAUCCUCCAAAACUAGGUAGCCUGCGAGUGAAGGAAGUGGACGCCCAUCCGGUCGAGAUCCCAGUGCACGAUCCACUUGAUCACCAAGCUCCAGCGAUUCUGCAUGAGCCUCGAGACUACGACCCCAGCGAGGCGCGGAAUGCAGCGGUCAUCCUAGUGAGUGGUGCAGGCGGAGGGGUCAGUGGUCCAUCGGGCAUCUACCCUUCGCUCGCAGAUAAACUCGCGAUCCUCAUCGGCAUCCCCGUGGUCCGACUAGACUACCGCGUCGCAGCACGAACGGAGUACUGCGUCCCCGACAUUGUUGCAACGAUGAACUACCUACAAGAGCACUAUCAAUCUACUCGGUUUGUCGUGGUAGGGUGGUCUUUUGGCGGGAGUCCAUGCUUCACAGUCGCAGCCCAGGAGCCCGAGCGGAUUUGCGGCGUUGCAACGGUCGCAAGCCAGACUGCACAGACGUCAGGCGUCCGCAAGCUCAGUCCCAGACCAAUGCUAGUCCUUCACGGCAGCGGAGAUACAUGUCUCUCGCAGAGAUGCUCUGAGUCGUUGUAUAACCAGUAUGGUGAGGACGGGUCGCGCGAGAUCAAGAUCUUCAAGGGUGAUAACCACGGGUUGUCGAAGAAUGCGCCCGAGGCAGAAGGGUUGCUGCUUGUUUUUGCUGCAGAGACGCUUGGUUUUGAUGAUCUGACGGCUGCCUCUCUAAGAGUUGCAGGCCAGGACUGGGUGGGGAGUGAAGGCGAGCGAGUGAUGGAGAUGCAGCAGGGCCAUGACUUUGAUGGCGGGGAAUCUCUGAAUCGUUGA